UAAUGAGCUUCGCAACCAGUGUGAAUCGGGAGCAGCGCAUCAAUCUCGUCAGGUACAUGAUGGAGCAUCUAGUCGUUGCUACGCUCCUUAUCGUGUGCACCCUUUCGUUCUUCGUUCACGCCGAGGAAAUGCAGUAUUCUACCAAGUUUGAUAACGUAGACGUGGACAAGAUUAUAAACAACGAAAGACUGCUGAACGGAUAUGUGGGUUGUCUGCUCGAUCGAAAUCCUUGCACGCCGGACGCGGCGGAACUCAAAAAAAAUUUGCCUGAUGCUUUGGAGCACGAUUGCGCCGGAUGCAGUGAGGCACAAAAGAACGCAGCCGACAAGAUCUCUCAUCAUUUGAUCGACAACAAACCGGACGAUUGGCGACUACUGGAAGACAAGUAUGAUCCUACCGGCGCGUACCGACGUCGUUACUUGGAGAAUAAAUCAAGAGAAGGUGGAAGAUUCGAUUAAAAGAAAAACCAUUACUUUCACAAUGUCGAUUUCGACUCUGACCAUGGCCAUCUUUCGGAUUUGAUAGCUCACCGUAAUCUUUAUCACACGGCGAUUUCACUUUACAUAACGAUUGCGUAACCGAAAACUCUGUACCAUUCGUCCUUCAUCUUGAAGGCUUCUUUUAUGUGUAUUGAAAAAACCGACUUAAAUGUUUGAGUUUUUCAUAUAACAUUUUUGCAGUAAUGCACAAUAUAUUUUUUUUACGAUAGA